ACAGGGGAAAGCAGGGCGGAGUGAGAGCCAUGUGUCGGAGCACAUCAACAGCUUGUCUUCUGAAUGUUUGCCGUCACACAUAAGACGCAUGUCAUGCGGUUAUACACAUGCGUUUCACCUGCAGAAUGCUGCCAACACACUCUUCAUUUCUAACCAGUAAAACCUUCCCGGUCAUGGCCUUACAUCAGCCCCAGACUUUUAUUUUGUAAGACGGGAGACUGAGAAGACAAAGACAGGUUACGCCACGCUCCUGUUGAGAUGUGCGCGAGGGUUCAGCGCCCGACCCGCAGCAUCAGUUUUUCUAUUAAACUGCCUUGCACUGUCAACCAGCUUGGGAAUGUGAACCGGCUUAGCCAUGCAGAACGUUUCUGACUAACAAUUAUAUCAGAAACAAGAUCUUGGAUUACGGUCCCCCGAGAGCGGCGCGGUGGGCGUUCGCACCAAUUAUUACCGGCCAUUCACAACCCUCCACCCUGCUCUCUGUUGUUAGCAAUUGUCAGUUAUGCUAUCCCUGGUGUAAACUUGCAUAACCCGGAACUGAGUGGCCCAUCUUGCGGCAGCGUUGCGAGAUGACAGGCUCGUGCGCUUGCUUUCUGUCUUUUAACUCUUCCACGGCUUUCUACAUCAGUAGAGCUCGCCUGCGAUCAUUUGACACAUCGUGGAAACUAGUUUGGAGUUUAGGGGCUUGUGCUUCCAUUUGACGUUCGCAUGGAUAGUAACAGAGCGAGCGGGAUGGUUUAAGAUACUAUCAAUAAUAAACUGAGAAUGAGUCGUCUAGUGGUACGGCUGAAUUUUCAUAUCUGGGUGAACUAUUUCUUUGACAUCCAGUGAUGUUAUGCAUGUAAUGUCAAAUCAUCAGAAUAUCACGUGUACCCUUACAUGUUUAGUUUUGGGUCAUUUCAGGUCAUUUCAGGAGACGCUUUAUUGCUACGACCCGCCACGCUCUGGUUUUCUAACGUAACGUCGUGUCAAGUCCGUGGGAGGAGAUCAACGCUCGGCUGUGACAAAGUUUGGGAUUGAUCGAGGAGUCGGGCAGUAACAGCAGCAUCAUGGCAGACAGAAGGCAGCUGUUUGCUGAAAUGCGCGCACUGGAUCUGGACUCCAUCCGAUUGUCCACAUACAGAACUGCAUGCAAGCUGAGAUUUAUUCAGAAGAGAUGCAAUCUGCACUUGGUGGAUAUCUGGAAUCUUAUCGAGGUGUUUCGUGAAAACAGACUCAACAUCAUGGACCUCAGCACGGAGUUCUCAGUGUCGCACCUUCAAGCAAUCCUGUCCACCAUCUUUUACCAGCUGAACAAGCGUCUACCCACCACCCAUCAGAUCAACGUGGACCAGUCCAUCUCCUUCCUCCUUAACUUUCUGUUCGCCGCGUACGACCCGGAAGGUGGAGGAAAAGUCUCGGUUUUUGUGGUGAAGACGGCCCUGGCCGCCCUCUGCGGAGGAAAGAUUUUGGAUAAACUGAGAUAUAUAUUUUCCCAGAUAUCCGACUCAAACGGAGUGAUGAUAUACACACAGUUCGAUCAGUUCCUGAGGGAGGCGCUCAAACUGCCCGUGACGGUUUUUGAGGGGCCAUCCUUUGGUUACACUGAACAGUCCACGAGAUCUUGCUUUCCUCAAGAGAAGAAGGUCACGCUCAACGUGUUUCUUGACACGUUCAUGUCAGAUCCUCCCCCUCAGUGUCUGGUUUGGUUACCGCUGAUGCAUCGGCUGGCAAAUGUUGAGAACGUCUUCCAUCCAGUGGAGUGCUCCUACUGUCACAGCCAGAGCAUGAUGGGAUUUCGUUACCGUUGCCAAAAAUGUGAUAAUUACCAACUCUGCCAGGAGUGUUUCUGGAGGGGCCAUGCCUCGGGCAGCCAUAGCAACCAGCACCAGAUGAAGGAGUACAUGUCAUGGAAAUCUCCGGCUAAGAAGUUGUCGGACGUUCUUAGCAAAUCUCUGAGUUGUGCGUCCAACCGAGAGCCUUCGUACCCGAUGUUGUCCGAAGACCCUGAGAAACCGCUCAACCUCGCUCAUGUUGUGCCUCCCCGACCGGUGGCCAGCGGAAAUGAGUACAUGCUUUCUCACUCCAUGCCAUCCUCAGGAAACCCGUACUCUAGUAAAAGAGGUGCUCACGAUGAGACUAAACAGAAGAGACUGUUCUCUCGGACGGCCCCGGAUCUCUUAAAAGGAAAGGGGGUUCAGUACAGCCUCGAUAUUGCCGAUAGGCUCGCCGAUGAGCACAUACUUAUCGGAUUCUAUGUGAAUCUACUUGAAAAGAAGCCCUCAUGUUUCCAGGAGAGCAGUAAAAACCAUGAUGAUGAGCACUGCCUCAUCGCCCGUUACGCGUCCCGAUUGGCUGCUGACGGAGCUCCGUCGAAGAGCAGAGUACCGUCAGAUAUCUCCUUGUGUUUGGACACCAAUAAACAGCAAAGGCAGCUUAUCGCCGAGCUGGAGAACAAGAACAAGGAGAUUUUGCAGGAGAUUCAGCGCUUGAGACAACAGCAUGAGGAAGCUUCUCAUCCUCCAUUAGACAAAAACCAACAAAACCCAAUGUUACUGGCUGAACUGAGACUGCUCAGGCAAAGAAAAGAGGAGUUAGAGCAGAGGAUGUCAGCCCUGCAGGAGAGCCGUCGAGAACUCAUGGUCCAGCUCGAGCAGCUCAUGUUGCUUUUAAAGACCCAAGGUCCUAGCUCCUCCCCUCGUUCCUCCCCCAGCCACACGGUCAACACAUCCAUCCAAUCAGCAUCUGGCAAUACCACACCCAUCCCUAUGCCGGUCCAGUCAACAUCCGGCAAUACCACGCCCAGUCAGACACCUCAGGACUCACUCAUGGGCCUGGGAGGAGAAGUGCAGCAGGCCUUUGCUCAGGGCUCCAGAAGGAAUUUAAGAAAUGAUCUCCUGGUGGCUGCGGACUCCAUAACCAACACAAUGUCUUCACUGGUUAAAGAACUUAACUCAGAGGUGGAGAGUGAAACCGACAGCGUCUCUGACCUGACGUUCCAGAUGCCAGAUGUUCCUUAUCCACAGACCAACUCAUCUAGAACAGGGGCAGUGGGUCAGAUGGAGGCCGGAGGAUUUUAUGGGAAUGAUCUGGAAAAACGUCUGGACAAAGAGCGACUGAGACGCACACAGGAACAGGACAAGAACUUCCUGGUGACCUUACAAGAGUAGCUGCAUUUUAAUAAGCAAUGCACGAGCUACUUGAUAAAAGCACUGUGCAGUAACCACACCUGACACAACACCUCUGGAAUACUGUGGUACUCAACCCAAUCUAGAAAUAUAGAAAUAUAUUUUUAGAACCUACAACAUGUUUAAGACAAUACUGUGAAACAACUUGGAGCAAACAAUGGAACUACAACACCAUCAGUGCCAUAAAAUCCAAUGAUUUCGAGGUUAUUUCCUUUACUCGGUGUUAAUGAUUUGGUUUGAUUUUAUUUUCAUUACGUAUCUGUUGAAAGAAUUGUACUGUAUUUAAAUAUCUGUUGGGCAAAGUGGGUGUGGUCUUUAAUGAAGCUGCUAUCUUUACAAACGACAUCUUUUCUUUUUGUACGAGCAGAAUACCUAGGCCCGACGGUCUUUUAAAACAUAUAAAUACUAGAGUUUUGUGUAGCUUGGAUUUCUCUUGAAGAGUUAAAUAAUUUGAGAUUUUAUCAUAGUCUUUGAUAUACAACUUAAUACACUGCCUUAGCUCAUGAGACUACGUUUGUUUUUUAGGUGGGUAGGUACAGUAUGUGUACUGUUGAAAUGUAAUAAUUGUAAAGACAUUUGAAUUAUAAGUCGCACAAGAAUAUCUCCAGGUUACAUUUCCCCAAAAUCCCCAAAAUGAGAAUUUACAUUUUGCACAAAUUUGUUAUGACCAUUAGAAUGUUUUGACACAAUCUAAAUAAAAGUUAAGCAUGCUUUUCUCAAUGACUUACCUAUUGUAAAACAUCUUAAUGGAGUAAUAACAGGUUUCAUUUUCUUUGAGUAAACUAUAGUUUCUUGUUUCUUUCUCAUAAUAAAGGGUGAAAUAUUACCCAGACAUAUUCUUGAGGUUUCAUGCGAUUCACCCAAAUAAAUCUUUGUACCUCUGCAUUCAAUGCAAGACAUCAGUUGGCUCUCAAUGGGCCACAGUAUAUUUAUCUUUCUAUGUUAUUUAACUUGCUGAAGUUUUAACUGCCGAGAGGAGAAAAAGACAUCAUAGACAAACUUGAAAAGCACAUCUGGCAGUAUGUGACACUACUGAAUGUGCUGUCGUGUGACUGAAGAUGACUUUGGAAAUGCAUUUCAGAUAAUAUUAUGGAUACUUUAUGUUGAACUGGAACAGCGAAUAUGUUUGUAAAAGUUUCCGCUUGGGUUUGACCAUCUGCAGUCUGUUAUGUCGAUGUGUUUUUUUGCAUUCGCUACGGUCACACUGCAGUGGUCACAUGGUUUACUUGUGCUUCUUCAGACUGGCAGAUAUAGACCAGUUCAAAAACAGCAUCCACGCUCUGUUGCCAAUCAUUGCACUUUUCAGUGAUUUUGCAUGGUACUAAAGAGAAAUAAAAUAUAACAUACAUUGUACAAGUAUCAAUUUGUGUCCCCAACUGUGUUGGAAUAUGUAUACAGCUUGUGCUUUCAAUGUUUUCCCAUCACUUUAUGGUUUGUACUUCAUGGUUUUCUAACCUUGAGAUGCAAUAUAUAAAAGAACCACUAGAUGUCCCUGUUGAACAUGAAAAAAAUCUCAUUUUCCCAAUGAGCAGAUAAUAAGGAUAGUUUAAUUAAAUCUUCCUGUUUUAUAGAUCCCUAUAAAACAGGAAGAUUUAAUUAAACUUAUUGCAACAUCUAAACCUACAACAUGCUUAUUAGACCCCAUACCAACCAACCAAAUUAUUAAAAGAGUUACUACCUGUUGCAAUUGAGCCCAUUUAUAACAUCAACUCGUCAAUUCAUCUAGGUCAUGUCCCAGGACCCUUUAAACUGGCCGUCAUUAAGCCUCUUAUCAAAAAAACAAAGUUAAGACCCCAAUGAACUAGGAAGCUAUAGACCAAUUUCAAAUCUCCCUUACCUGUCUAAAAUACUAGAAAAAGUAGUGUCCACUCAGUUGUGCUCUUUCUUACAAAAUAAUGACAUACACGAAACAUUCCAGUCAGGCUUUAGAUCGCAUCAUAGUACUGAAACUGCGCUCGUUAAAAUGACAAACGACCUGCUUAUAGCAUCAGAUAAAGGUAACAUCUCACUCCUAGUCCUGCUCGACCUUAGUGCUGCGUUCCAUACUGUAGUCCAGGGGUCUUCAACUACUUUUCUUUGAGGGCCAGAUUCCAAAAGUAUAAAUAGGAUGCGGGCCAGUUUUUUUACCAUGUUCUCAUUUCUUCUGUUAUUUAUUGCGUUUUGUUCCUUUUAUACUGUUUUUGUUGCUGUUACUUAUAGGCCAUGAUUAAAACAUGCAUCCAGUAUUUGUGCCUUUUCAUGAUAUUAAAUUGAAAGGGAUAUUGUCUUUUUAAUUGUAUUUUAUAUUCCUUAAUGCGUUACUUUACCCAAAAAUGGCUACUAAUUUACUCACCCACAGCUCUCCAGUAC